UGACGUCAUGGGGAAACCCUUUCGAUUUAAUGUUCGGAAAUCAUGUUCACGAGCUAUUAUAAUUUCUAUUGACAUAAUUCGGCAUUUACAGAUUGAAAGCAACAUACUAGACAACGCAUAGUAUACACAGAUGUUUCUGAAUUGCUGAGAGAUGAGUACAUAUGAAGAUUAUGAGAAGAGGGCAGCUGUGUAUGAUAAACACAGAGUUGCUGCAGGGGUAGAUACACUCAUUGGAAUCUUACUUGGACAGACUAGGAAACCAUUGUCACAGCUCCGUGUGUUAGAUGCAGGAUGUGGCACUGGAAACUACAGUCUUGCCCUGUUAAAGGAAGGCCUGGGGCAUGUAACACUAUUGGAUGCAUCCGAAGGAAUGCUGCAUGUUGCAAAAAAGAAACUCCAUACUUUCAUAAGAGAUGACAGGGCAGUGGUCAAACAUGGUACCAUGCCAGAUCUAGAUUUCCCCGAUGACACAUUCGAUGCUGUUAUGUUUAAUUUUACCCUUCAUCAUGUAGAGAAUACACCAAACAAAGAGGGAGAAUAUCCAAAGAUUUAUAAAACUUUAGAGAGGACAAAACAGAUAUUGACAUCUGGGGGAGUGAUCAUUUUUUCCACUCCAUCUCCAUGUCAACUGAAACACUCCUAUUCAUGGCUGCUAAAUGAAGAAUAUCAAAGCAUUGCCAUUAAACUCUUGGGGAUAAAUCCUGACAAGUUUAAACAAUAUUUACAGAAAAUUGGAAUGGAAAGGAUAGAGUUUGUGAUUCCUGCAUCAGCUACACUGUGGAACAAGGAAACACAUAGAGAUCUAGAUGGACCUUUAAAGAAGGAGACUAGGGACACUAUAUCUAUGUUUGUUCAUCUUGAAAACUUAGGACUUUUAGAAAAAUAUUUGAAGGACUAUAAAGCAUUUCGAGACUCAAUCAAAAAUUGUGAUGAAUUUUUGCGCAAUGAUGAAGUUACUCGCCAGAACUAUGGCCAGAUUGUGUUUGUUCAUGGACGUAAACUAGAAGUAAAGAAUCAGAGCUAA